UGUUGUGAGCGGAAGUGGGGGAGCGCGCGGCGGUCGCUGUUCUGCGAGCGGGCGCGGGAACCGGCGGGGGGAGGGGGGCGGAGCCGUAGUCCCGGCGGCGGAAGGAGGAGAGGAAGAAAGGGGCGAGACCCAGUGCCCCGCGGCGGCUGCAGCGCGAGGCAUUUACUCGACGCGCGGGCGUCUCUGGCUAGGAGCGCGGUGUGUGGGCGGUCGGCGUCUAGCCCACUCCCGGGCAGCCGCCGCCGCUGCUGCUGCUGCUACUGCUACUGCCACUGCCGCUACCGUGGGGCUCGGGCGGCGACAGAGCGGGGCCGGCCGCGGGGCGGGCGGGGAGGGAGGAGGCGGUGAAGGCGGCGGGCCGGGGGGGAAGAUGCCGCUGGCGCAGCUGGCGGACCCGUGGCAGAAGAUGGCUGUGGAGAGCCCGUCCGACAGCGCUGAGAAUGGACAGCAAAUUAUGGAUGAACCUAUGGGAGAGGAGGAGAUUAAUCCACAAACUGAAGAAGGCAGUAUCAAAGAAAUUGCAAUCACACAUCAUGUAAAAGAAGGACAUGAAAAGGCAGAUCCUUCCCAGUUUGAACUUUUAAAAGUAUUAGGUCAGGGAUCAUUUGGAAAGGUUUUCUUAGUUAAAAAAAUCUCAGGCUCUGAUGCUAGACAGCUUUAUGCCAUGAAGGUAUUAAAGAAGGCCACACUGAAAGUACGAGACCGUGUUCGGACAAAAAUGGAACGUGAUAUCUUGGUAGAAGUUAAUCAUCCUUUUAUUGUCAAGUUGCAUUAUGCUUUUCAAACUGAAGGGAAGUUGUAUCUUAUUUUGGAUUUUCUCAGGGGAGGAGAUUUGUUUACACGCUUAUCCAAAGAGGUGAUGUUCACAGAAGAAGAUGUCAAAUUCUACUUGGCUGAACUUGCACUUGCUUUAGAUCAUCUGCAUAGCCUGGGAAUAAUCUAUAGAGACUUAAAACCAGAAAACAUACUUCUUGAUGAAGAAGGUCACAUCAAGUUAACAGAUUUUGGCCUAAGUAAAGAGUCUAUUGACCAUGAAAAGAAGGCAUAUUCUUUUUGUGGAACUGUGGAAUAUAUGGCUCCAGAAGUAGUUAAUCGUCGAGGUCAUACUCAGAGUGCUGACUGGUGGUCUUUUGGUGUACUGAUGUUUGAAAUGCUCACUGGCACACUACCUUUCCAAGGAAAAGAUCGAAAAGAAACAAUGACUAUGAUUCUUAAAGCCAAACUUGGGAUGCCACAGUUUUUGAGUCCUGAAGCCCAGAGUCUUUUACGAAUGCUUUUCAAACGAAAUCCUGCAAACAGACUAGGUGCAGGACCAGAUGGAGUUGAAGAAAUUAAAAGACAUUCAUUUUUCUCAACAAUAGACUGGAAUAAAUUAUAUAGAAGAGAAAUUCAUCCACCUUUUAAACCUGCAACUGGCAGGCCUGAGGAUACAUUCUAUUUUGAUCCUGAGUUUACUGCAAAAACUCCCAAAGAUUCACCUGGCAUUCCACCUAGUGCUAACGCACAUCAGCUUUUUCGGGGGUUUAGUUUUGUUGCUAUUACCUCAGAUGAUGAAAGCCAAGCUAUGCAGACAGUUGGUGUACAUUCAAUUGUUCAGCAGUUGCACAGGAACAGUAUUCAGUUUACUGACGGAUAUGAAGUAAAAGAAGACAUUGGAGUUGGUUCCUAUUCUGUUUGCAAGAGAUGUAUACAUAAAGCCACAAACAUGGAGUUUGCAGUGAAGAUUAUUGAUAAAAGCAAGAGAGACCCAACAGAAGAAAUUGAAAUUCUACUUCGUUAUGGACAGCAUCCAAACAUUAUUACUCUAAAGGAUGUAUAUGAUGAUGGAAAAUAUGUGUAUGUAGUAACAGAACUUAUGAAAGGGGGUGAAUUGCUGGAUAAAAUUUUGAGACAGAAAUUUUUCUCUGAACGAGAGGCCAGUGCUGUCCUGUUCACUAUAACCAAAACUGUUGAAUAUCUUCAUGCACAAGGGGUGGUUCACAGAGACUUGAAACCUAGCAACAUUCUUUAUGUGGAUGAAUCUGGUAAUCCAGAAUCUAUUCGAAUUUGUGAUUUUGGCUUUGCAAAACAGCUGAGAGCAGAAAACGGUCUUCUUAUGACUCCUUGUUAUACUGCAAAUUUUGUUGCACCAGAGGUCUUAAAGCGACAAGGCUAUGAUGCUGCUUGUGAUAUAUGGAGUCUUGGUGUCCUCCUCUACACAAUGCUUACCGGUUAUACUCCAUUUGCAAAUGGUCCUGAUGAUACACCGGAGGAAAUCUUGGCACGAAUAGGUAGUGGAAAAUUCUCACUCAGUGGUGGUUACUGGAAUUCUGUUUCAGACACAGCAAAGGACCUGGUCUCAAAGAUGCUUCAUGUAGACCCUCAUCAGAGACUGACUGCUGCUCUUGUGCUCAGACAUCCUUGGAUUGUCCACUGGGACCAACUGCCGCAAUACCAAUUAAAUAGACAGGAUGCACCGCAUCUGGUAAAGGGUGCCAUGGCAGCUACAUAUUCUGCUUUAAACCGUAAUCAGUCACCAGUUUUAGAACCAGUCGGCCGCUCUACUCUUGCUCAGCGGAGAGGUAUUAAAAAAAUCACCUCUACAGCCCUGUGAAGUGACCUCAGUGAGAUAUUUGGUACCAUGGUGUAAGCUGAUAGCACAAGUUCUGGUGACAGGUAGCACAUAUCUGAGAGACACCUGCAAGCACACACUGUCCCAGCUGGUACCCAUAAUGCUGCUGCUCCUGCUGCUGCUCCUGCUUUCGUCUCUUCUCGCUUUAAAUGAUUGUUAUUAGUAAGUUAGAUUUUCCUGGAGCUUCCGAUGAAAUGAAAAUGGAAACAUGAUGAAGAUAUAUUCACUGAAUCAACAAGAAAAGUAAUGAACAUACGAAUUCCACCUAAAAAUACACUGAAUAAAGUACUCUACACCAUAUAGCAUUAUUUUUAUAGGAAAUAUUUCAUGUCCCUUAAAUAUUCUUUGUUAGUUAUAGGGAUGGACAAUUUAUGUUAAGCACUUAGCUUAAACAAUCCGUUUAUAUUAGCACUGUAUCCCUUGUGCCAUCCAACAUUUUGUAUGUUUUUGUAAACAGUUCAUAUCCAGUACAUUUCUGUACUGCUUUCUUUAAUGUAUACAUGCCUUGUUUAACUUGGAAUCUAUUAUUAAUCAAUUGACUAUUAAAUCUGAUUAAAUAGUUCACCUGGAUUAACAGUAUUGUUGGACAGCCCUAAAAAUGGCCAGAUUGUGGAACAGCUGUUGAAUGUAAUUCUUUCAAAAUGUACAUAUCUUUCCCCAUGUCUGUUUCACUGGUUCGUUCUUUGUUUCUUAAAGUCAGGUGCUCUGUCAGAUUAGCUAGAGAGCUGUUAGGAUAAAGAAAGUAAUAACGUGUGGCAUGAAAUCAAGAAUACACUUACAAAGUUAGUCCAUAUACUUUGCAACUCCUUAGGGUUCUUUUUUCCUUAAUUAAGGAAGUAGUCCUUACACUUUCAAUCUUAUAUAACAUCCAUACUUAGUAUUUGGCAUAUCAUUUGGGAUUUUGCCAAGAUACAUCAAAGGUCUUUAAGAGUCAUGGUAAAGAGAUUGGUGAAGGAAAAUUUAGCAACAGGUAAUUGAAGCCCUAUUGGAUAUUUCAUGUUUAAAUAGAUAUUCUAUAUUAAGCACUAAUUUGAAUGUAAUAAGGGCCAUAGGCCUCUAUAUGAAAUUAAAUUUAAACGUUCUUAUCCUAGGGAAUAAAACAUUUUUUUUUUUUUUGUGGUUUUUGGCCGGGGGCUGGGUUUGAACCCGCCACCUCCGGCAUAUGGGACUGGCGCCCUACUCCUUGAGCCACAGGCGCCACCCGGAAUAAAACAUUCUUAAUCAAAUAGUAUCUGUUCUAAUCUGAAAUCACAGGUAAGGUAGGCUAAGUGAAUGUUCAGCACUGAAUGUUAUCUGAGUCCCUUGUGAUGAUUUAUAGCCAUAUAGCACUUCCUUUGACUUCAGAAAUGAGCAGUUUUCAUAAUGGCUACUGGGUCCUGCUUAGAUUGCAGUAUUCAUUAUCUACAUCUAAUUUGAUAGCUUCUACUAUUUUAUUUGAUAAAAGAAACUUCUCUGCCCAUUACUACCUGUAUCUUUGCCAAGCUACCUAGCAUACAUUAAUAGUAAUAUAAAAGACGUAUUAGCAAGGAAAGAAUAAUUUAACUUACCUCAUCAAGAAUGUGCCCAAACAGAUCUUUCUUAGUUAUGUACUAAGAAAGAGAAAUCUUUUAUAUCAGAAAUCUUUUUUCCUGCCAGAAGCUUUAAAUCUUCUCCUAUGAAUACAAAGCCAAGAGUGUGUGGUUUAUCUAAAUGUCUUAAAAGCCACGUCAUUCCUUAAUUUCUGCUCUAUGCAAUUAAAGAGAGGGGAAAUCUAUAGCAUUCCUUUUGCUCAAGUAACACAAAUGUUUAUUGCAUAGAAAUCUAAAAUAAGUUUAUCUUGUAAAUGAAAAAUGUAAAGAAGGAAUAUCAAAAAAUCUAGGAUCUUGGGCAGCUCCUGUGGCUCAGUGAGUAGGGGGCUGGCCCCAUACACUGAGGGUGGCGGGUUCAAACUCAGCCCCGGCCAAACUGCAACAAAAAAUAGCCGGGCCUUAUGGCAGGUGCCUAUAGUCCCAGCUAUUCGGGAGGCUGAGGCAAGAGAAUUGCUUAAGCACAGGAGUUGGAGGUUGCUGUGAGCUGUGAUGCCACAGCACUCUACCGAGGGCGAGAAAGUGAGACUCUAUCUCUACAAAAAAAAAAACUAGGGUCUUGAGUAUACAGAUACUAACUAUAAAAAGCUGCUUUCCAUUGCCUGGAAAGAAAGCUGUUUUUACCCCCCCUAUUCAUUGUUUCAAAACAUGGGCAUCCCAAAUUGUCACUUUUAAAAUGUAAUGUAACUCUGAGCAGAAAAAAGAUAUUCUCAAACUUUUGACAAUGAUGCUACUCCGUAAUUACUUACAUGUAUUCAUCAUAGUCUUUGGAACUAGAAGUAAACACAUAAAUCCUUAGACAUUACCUGGUCCAACUUUCUCAUAGUGCAUGUAGAGAACUUAAGGCCCAAAUCAAAGUCUAGAAUCCUUCUCUUCAUUUAGUUUUUUUUCUUUCUCAUAACAUCAUACCAUGCUGCCUUUCCUUCAUUAUCACCUGACCAGUGACUUAGUUCAAAAACUAUAUAUUUCUUGGGUGAAGUCCUCUACUAAUCUUUAAUGCCAAGUUUCUUUUUUUCAAAGAAAAUUGCCUUCUUUGCCUAGUCAAGCUGCCAGUUUUAUUGGAGAGAAGCAAAUUAUAUGAUCACAAACCUGAAGGCACCUACCUAAAAAGCAGUUGCUGAGCUUAAUUUCAUCUGUGGCCCUGGUGUUAUCAUUGUUUUUGACACACAAUGGACAAGCAUGGCCAACAAUGUGUUGUAAAUGUAGUGAUUGCGCUGGCUUUUAACCUCUCCAAGUCCAGUUCUUCCCAGUCUCUCUGAUUGUAUUGAGGUCUCUGAGGGUGUCUGCCUUUUACCAGUUAGUGCUGCCUCUUACUGGGGCUUCUCCUAAGAGAUAUCAAUCCAGUUUUAAAGAUACUUCACUGUGAAAGAAGGAACUAAACUGUCAGUCCUCUUUUACAAACUUCCUGUUAGUUUAUAAUCAACAAUAAUAUCCAAAACAAUACAUUGAAUUUGACAUUGCCAGGCAUACACUGAAAAGUACAAAUUAUACUAUCAUGUGUUUAUAUCUUCCCUUUCAAGUGAUGAAUGUUAAGGUAAGUUGUUUGUCCUUUUUUACUUUUACUUUUGUUUUUAAUAAACCCAUUUCAGCUCCUUCUGGUUUACAGAUACAUAGUAUGUUCUAAGUAUCAUAGACCCUUGACUUUAAUAUAUUUAAUAUGGAUGCAUUUAUUCACAACCCCAGAUGUCUAAAAAUGUAAUAAUUUUGACAAGGCACAAAGUCAAGAUGCUGUGAGGCUGAUGUAUGGGAAAAGUCACUUGUGAGUAUAUGGAGAGUGGUGUGUAUGUGCGGUAGAAUUUUCAUAUUUCAUAUGCAGUAUGCUCCAAAGAGCAGGUUUGGGUCAAUCAUUUACCAUCCAUUUUUAAUAAGUGGCUGCUGUUGGGGCUAGUGGACAUGAUGGGAGGCAGGGCUAGUUAUCCAGUUAGCCGUACCCUGCACCCUCAGCCUAGGAAAGAUUUGAACAGAAAGUAGGUGGGUGCAAAGGCUUCAAGAGAAGGCAGAAUGUGAUUCAUAGUAAAAGGACUGGGGUAGGCCCAGCCUGGGAUGAGAGUGGGAAAAGAAUCAUUGAAGAUUUGGGGGCCAUAGAGAACAGUAAUACACAUCUCGACAUGGCUUUGAUAUUCUCUACUUCCUGGCCAUUAUACAUGACCUAAAAUUUUUCAAUUUGCUUUACUGUUUUUUAGAGAGAGAAAAUCCUACCUUAGGGUGGUAUUAAGCAUUUGAGACUUAGGGCAUUAGGACAGAUAGCUCAGGAAUGUAAAGGUUCAGAAAGUGUCUAUUUUCUCUGAUUAACAAAUACUAUAGAUUCCAUGGCUGACCUUGGUGCUUAAACCAGGAGAUUCCAAUCUAGUCCUAGGGUUCUGUCCCUCUGAAAGGCCCAAUUCCAUGUGACUAACUUUAAACUGGAUAUAUACUUUGAGCCUUAUUUAAUUCACAGAGAAGUUGACUUAACUUAGUAUUUUUAUGUCAAUUAAUGAAAACAGUCCUCUUUUCAACUCCAGGUUACUUACAUUUUGCUGGUCUCCCCAAGUGACCAUUGGUGGAGACCAAUUAAUGAAGGAAUGAAAAUCAUUUUCUUGGGACUGGUUAUUUCUGCAGAGCCACACUUAACCACUUUUUCCAAUGAAGAAUCUACAGAAUGAUAAUAACUCAAAUAUGGAUGGCCAAGAAGAAUUUGUAUCUACAGUGUGCUUUCUGUAUUUUUGACACUGCUGUAUUGUGUGAUCAUAUGACCUGUAACUGGUUCCAAUGUGACUGAGUUUUCUCAAAGAAUUCUAGUAACUAAGUCAAUUUCAUUUUCUUAAGCCUGGUAUUACUAUCAGUCUCACAUUUACCACUUUGAUUCCAGGCUUUUAACUGUUCCAAACAGCAUACCAAGGGUUGGGAUGAGAGCCUACUUCCUACCUCUUAAGGCACUUUCCUCAUUAUUUUGCCAUAUAACUUUGAACUGCAUGAUAAGCUGUUUAAAUAUCCAUGACUUCUCCCAGAGCAACUAGCAAAGUAUAUGACAUUUUGAAUAGAGAUUAGUGGAAAGGAAAAUUUAGAGAUUUAAGUUCAGGGGUGCAGAUUUCAAGAAAACCUCUUGAGUGAGUGCAGUGUAUGUAAACAUAUGAAAAGAGAGUCGCUUUAAUAGUCCUCUCUAAGUAGAUUAGUUCAAUAUCUAAUGGAAGUGAACAUCUUUACUCCUAUUAUCACUAUAGUACUGAAUGAACUGUAUACUGAGUUUUUAAAACAAGUAUUUAAAAUAGAACUUUUAAAUACAAAGGAAGAACAUAAGGAUAAGGAUUUUGGUUUGUGUUUCUGUAAGUGUAGUCUACCAUCUAAAGCUUUGUUUUUUAAUUUAAAAGAAAAGCUUCAAGGCAUUGCUAUUCCUUAGCAUCCUUAAUAAUUAUGGGUGAUGAAUUUUUAACUCAAAAUUAUACACCUGUAUUAGUUUAUCUUAACUGUUGCCCUAAACAAAAGGGAACAUGUACACCUAAGGGAUGUAAUUAUUUUACAUUUUGGCCAUGGGUGGGAAUGGGGUGGGUAUCUACUUAAACAGUUUUUAAAAAAGAAAAAAAUCACAAAUAUUUUUCUACUGUUAUAUAUGAUCUUACUUUAUACUAGUUUCUGUCUAGUAAGGCAUGCCAGAAGCCCAAGGUACCAUAUCAUGAGUUCUCACAUAUUGUACCUUUUAUUGGUGGUUAAAUCACAUCAGAUGCUUGGAACCGCUGCCAUAAUUAUGAAAUGCUUGUAAAGGAUCAAAUAUCACUGAACACUUUAAAAUUGUUUUACUUAAGAGUCUAAUCUGGGAAGUUUUCGAAUCAUACUAUUAAUGUGUAAUCUAAGCUCUUUAAGAUGUAUCCAUGAAUAAUCCUGGAAUAAUAUUGCUUGUAUUCCUGUCAUAGAACAGGUUUUGUAAUCUUUAAAAGAAAUGAAAAUUUAUACAAUAAAGUUUCAAAUGAAUGCA